AUGGAUCUGGACAACCUCUCGCGCCUGCAAACAGAGGCAGUCAACCCACAAACCAGCCUCAUUGAUAAGCUGUCGACCCUGCAAAUGUGCACAGUUAUCAACCAGGAAGAUCGCCGUGUUGCAGCCAGCGUCACCCCCUGUCUCCCCAGGAUCGCAGCAGCUAUCGACGCCCUGGCGCCACGCGUUCGGCGCGGCGGCAGGGUAGUCUACGUAGGCGCAGGAACUAGCGGCCGACUCGGAAUCCUCGAUGCCUCUGAAAUCCCGCCAACCUUCGCCGCACCACCAGAGCAGUUCAUCGGCCUGAUUGCCGGCGGCGAUGCAGCGAUCCGCCGCGCCCAGGAGGGCGCUGAGGACAGCCUCGCGCUCGCGGAGGCUGAUAUGGCCGCGCUCGAGCUCAGACCAGAGCUCGACAGCGUCGUCGGGAUCGCGGCAUCAGGGCGCACCCCGUACGUCCUGGGGUGUAUCGGUUUCGCGAAGCGCAAGGGAUGUAUCACGAUCGGGGUGGUGUGCGUGGAGCCCUCUGCGCUGGGGGAAUCCGGGGAGGUGGAUUUCUUGAUCGCCCCCUUACCUGGCCCAGAGGUGGUGAGUGGGAGCACGAGACUCAAGGCGGGCACGGCGACAAAGCUUGUGCUGAAUAUGCUGAGUACUGGGACGAUGAUCCGGGUUGGGAAGACGUAUGGGAAUACGAUGGUGGACCUGGUCGCAUCGAAUGCCAAAUUGCGACAGCGGUCCCGAAACAUCCUGCGCAGGUUGAGUGCUGAAUGUGCGUCCAUGCCGAAUUUAGAGCUCGACUCGCUGCUGAGUCGGUGCAAGGGUAGCGUGAAGCUCGCCUUGCUUAUGGUAGCCACUGGGAAGCCGGUGGAAGAGUGCCGUGAGGUUCUGGAGGCCGCUGAUCAGCAGCUGGCCAAGGCACUAGAGCUGGCUGCAACCUCUACGUUACAGCAGGGUGCUGAAGGGCGGCUGCGUGAUCAGUCUACAGAGUUGAUUCUAUGCAUUGACGGCGGGGGUUCAAAGUGCGCCGCAGUGGUUGCAACCAAGGCUGGUGCUGUAUUGGGACGUGGAGAGGCAGGUCCCUGCAAUAUGUGCGUACCUCUCCUUCUAUUAUCCAGAAAGGAUGGGUAG